GUGGAGUGUCUUAUAUAAAUCGCUGUAGUUUGAGAGGGACUGCACACAGGGGGUUACUGCUACAACGACAGACGAAAGGCUGAGCUCCGGCCCAUUGAGCAGCGGAAUUAAAGAUUGGAUUUGCUUGGGAAACGUUUAUUUGCGGAAGGGGUUAUUGCGGGAGCAGCACAGUCCCGCGGGGUUGAAGGUUUUAAUUUGAAUUAUAAAGAAUAAAGCCCACCUCUCUGCAUAGCAGUUUCCCACAGAAAAUGAACAUGGUGUAUUAUUACAGCGGGAACAGCCAUCGUCUGCAAAGUGUGAAUUCCCUAGCUGCAGGAUUUUACCUGCACCAACAAGUGAAUGACCUGUUUCAUCGAACAGAGUCAGGACGGCAGCAACCAUUUAAUCAAACCCGCACAGUGGCUGAAUACUUAGCUGAAAUAAUCCUAGAAGCGAGAUAUGGCAGCCGUCAUCAGAAACAGAGACGGAGUAGAACAGCCUUUACAACUGAGCAGCUGGAGGUAUUGGAGCAAGCUUUUCAGAAAACACACUACCCUGACGUGGAGAUGAGGGAGAGGCUUGCAAUGUAUGUCGACCUUCCAGAGGCAAGAAUUCAGGUAUGGUUCAAAAAUAGACGAGCCAAGUAUCGCAAGCACCAACGCAGUUCAGAGAGGGAUGAGUAUCUGAUGGAUGAAAGUCAAUGGAUGAAGAACGGUGACAGAAGAGAAAGGAAGAUCAAAUUGGAAAAAGAAAAACCUCACAUCCAACAAAAAGACUCGGAAUUCUGUAGCUCUAUUAGUACCACAUCAACAUCAGUAAUUAGAUCUCUGGCUACAGAUCUGGCCAGCAGAGAAAAACCAGCAAAGCAUGUUGUUACAGCAGGCAUGGGUUUCACUUGAAUAUGUGGAGAACUUCUUGAAUGAAUACACGACUAAGAAAAUAAUAUGACAAAUCUGAUGUGACUACAAAAGCAGUAUGUAUCCCGGGUUACGGAUGAUGCUUAAUACUAGUUGGAAUGUAGGACUCCUUCCGUUAUGCUUUUUUUUUGCUUUAUCUAAUAUCCUGAAGACCAUCAGGAGGCCAUAUGCAAGCUUUAUCUGUAGAGAUUAAAAUAAAAACAUGUACAUCUAUUUAGACCAGGCAAAAAUUCAGUUCAAUUUGGUUCCUAAAUUUAAUGGCAGUCCUUUAGCAUGAAGCUAUUGUAGCAAGGGGGUAGGCUGUGAAAUCUCAUUUCAAACAGCUUCCAGGAUCACCCAGAAGAAACCCCCCCAAGGCAGUUAGUGGCCAGAACAUCAGCACAGAUUGGACAUAGGUCUCUGUGCUGCUAGGUUGGUUAUCAUUGCACACAUUUGCAUGGAAAACGGAUACAAUAACAUUGAACUUAAAUUCCACUAAAGUCUAUAGAACGCGCAAGCUUAAUAAAACUAAAAGGGUGAUGUUAUCAUUUGAUGCUAACCUUUUUAAACAAAGUCUACCUUAUACGAAAUGUGAAUGGAUUAUGUUAGUAGAUUGAACCCAGCCACACUCACGUAUUUUCCACUAAGUACCAGGAAACUGAAAUUGGAGGUGGGAACUACUGGCUAUUUGUUUCCUCCUUUCCAUUUAGGGGAACUCUGCAACUUCACUUGCAAAGAGGACAGCUUCUCUGCAAGAGAAGAGUAGAAUUUUUCCUAAACUGCCUAAAUUAAUUAUUUUAUAAUUACUAACUAAUUCUAAUAAUGUUGAAAAUUGUGGCUUUCCCUUGAAACUUUCCUCACGACUUUUUUAAGAAUUAUGGAGAUGGGUUUCGCAUUAACCUCUGCGUUUUUUCUGAGGACAGAACAUUUUGAUUGUCUGCACUUCAAUUGUAUGUCCUUUUAAAAAUGAUUUUAUCCUCUGAAUAAUGUUUACUGCAGGUCCCAUUGCAAAGCUUGGACUAAUUGACGAAAACAUCAACAAUCAGAUGCCUGAAUAUUGUACCAUGCAACAAUAUACUGCAACUCUGCAUGAUCAAAUUCAACAUCACAUAGCUUUGGCAAGUUUCUUCCUGCCAGAAUCUCACUAUGGAAUCCAUGUCCCAAAUCUGAAUGUAAAUCAGGUGUCCGCACUGUACCCCUCAUACUACCAGAGGGUUGCUCAUACAUUGGAAGCUUGUCCCAACUCACUCAUUCACCACUCUCAUAAAUUGUCAGACUUGAUCCCAAAACCCAAUAGUAUGGGGAUCAUGAGACAUGCCAAACAAAAGGCAAAUUUGUUGGGCCUUAGUCUCCAAAAUUAAAGAGAGUUUGUAUUAAUCACUGAAUUUAUGGAUGGUUAUGAUU